UGGUAGUGCACUCUCGACCUUUCCUCCACAACUUCACCACCAACGACAGACAGUCCCAGCUUUACGACUGGUACAACGACAUCCGGAAACCUAACAAACACCAUCCCCUCAUCAAUGAAGGAGAUCUACGGGAUUUCAUCAAUUUCCUUCAAUCUUCGAUCGUUUUAGUGGUUGUCCUUCCCUCGACGACCAUGUCCAAUGGUCCGCUUCCAUCUCAGCUAUAUCUGUUACCAGAUUUAGCGUUGAAGAAGGAAGGUGAUAAAGUUCGGUUUUUGGGUUGCGUAACUUCUUACUCUUCAGUAUCUGGUGUGUUGACGCUGCAGCAUCACCAUCAGGCCCAGGACUCUCGUUGCGUCUUCGCUUUGGUGGACGUAACUUUGGUUCUGCAGACGCUCAAAUCUGACCAAAUACGUGUCGGAGAGUGGGUGAACGUGAUAGGGUAUAUCACUGCCGUGAACCCCUUACCCGCCAGGAAAGGCUCGACGGGAGAAAACGAAGUAAUCCAGGCGCGGGUUCAGACGCAGGUUCGCAUCCGCGCCCUUCUCAUUUGGUCAUCUGGACCACUUGACACUCAGCGAUACAACGAUUCCGUGAACGCACUCAAAAGUCGCUGCAGCAUCACAGCUCCAAAUCCGACCAGCAAAAACGGACCAUGACAGUACUAGGGGCAUGUUUUCUUGUCCUGGCCUUUCUGGAAACGAAGCAUACGCUUACGCUUUAUACCUUAAGCAUCCGUGCCCGAUGUCAGGAGCAGCCAAGCGGAUCUGUUCUAGCUUCCUUUGAAGUCUCACGACAUUGUCCCAGAACGCCUCUUGAAGGCCCAUUGCCGCGGCGCCUAUCAGUCAGACUUCCGAUCCAUCCACCGGACCUUCACUAUAGUACCUAGGAAUGGCUUACCCAUUAUUGCCUUCUCUACGGACCUGCUCACGGCGCUACCCGAGUUUUGAGCCGAAACUACGCCAAGCUCGU